UUGCAAGUAAGCUCAUUCAACGGACAUUCUGUUCAACUGUUUAGCAACAUCAUGCCGACCUUCGAGCCUUUGAGGUUAGUCCAUCGAAAGCAUGUUCCCGAGUCAAAUUGGUAGGUUACCAACAAAGGGUCAUCUAAGGCAUCGUUUGAUGAGACAAAGUUCCCAAUUUAUAUUGAGCCGUUUACGGUCUACAGCGAGGAACCUCACAUCAAUUUGCUAACUUAAUCAGUUAACCCAGAUGAAAAGGCAGCUAAUACUUUGUCUCUCAGGAAUAAGAAAUUGACUCGAGUUCAAUUUCAAGAUAUGACAAAAAUUGGGGGAAGUAUAAUUCUUCGCGAGUCUCAUAGCUGAAAGUCGAAAUGGAAGUCUAGGCAACUACGUUCUCCUAUUCUGUGCAGUCAUUUCAUCAAUCCUUACGCGAAUGGAUGAUCUCUUUCGCCGGCCGAACCGGAGUUUUCUCAUCUUACAUUAAUCUGAUGCUCAUCACAUAUUCUCUUUCGAAAGCAACUACCAGCCAAAACAAAUACAGAUUCCGUUGCCGCCUAUUAUUUUCAAUUAUAGACAUACAUUGCAUGUCAAAUUGCUAUUCACUCCACUCUAUGCACAAAAUCUGUCCCAAAACAUAAAAAUAAAAAAUCUAUUCACAAAAGCUUAUUUAAUCAUUGGAUCCAAAUGAGAAUUGUUCGAUUCAAAGCCAAAACAAGAACCUACUUCCAGGUUUUAUUAGGACAAGAGUUCCCUAGUUCCAUGCGAAAGGUUCACACAAGAAUGGGUUUUUGGCUUUUUCCAACCUCAGAGCUUCACCCUCAUAAAACUUGGGUUUGAGAGGUUCAAUUCAUCCUAGAUGAUAGCCAAAUGGCCAUCUUUCGUUCCCCCUCAAAAUCUCUACUUUUUCUGCAUUUCUUCGUCUUCAUCGUCUCCAUCACAACUCAACCACUUCCUAGACCGAGUGCCAACUUCUCGUGCUUCGCCAACUCGCCGACCUCAUGCCCAACAUACGUCGCCUACAUCACGCAAGAACCUGAAUUCAUCGACCUUGGAAGCAUCUCCGACCUGUUCGGUGUCAGCCGUUUAUCCAUCUCGCAGGCGAGCAACCUGGCUUCUGAAGAUGACCCUUUGUACCCCGGCCAGCUUUUGCUCAUACCGAUCACGUGCGGCUGCAGUGGCAACAGUUUCUUCACCAACAUAACCUAUCAGAUCAAGGAAGGUGACAGUUACUUCCUGGUCUCAAUGAAAGCAUUUGAGAACCUCACGAACUGGCAAGUCGAAGAGGAAAUGAACCCAGGGAUCGAUCCAAAUAUCCUGCAGAUUGGAACCAAAGUCACCAUUCCUCUCUACUGUAAGUGCCCGGCAAAAGCAGAUUCCGAGGCAGGCUUCAACCUUCUUGUUACUUAUGUAUGGCAGCCCGGAGAUGCACUUUCAUCAGUGGCCAAAAAGUUCAACGUGACACCUAGCGAUAUAGUUAAGGAAAACAACGGAGUGAAUCUUACUGCAUCUGUUGGUCAUCCUGUCGUCAUACCAGUAUCACAAUUGCCAGCUCUUUCUCAACCGCUGAAUGCUCCUCCGAAGAGAAAAGAAUCCAAGCAUGAGUGGAUUAUUGUAGUUUUGAGCUGUGUAGCAGCAGCUAUUUUAGUCGUCUGGUUAGCGUUUUUGUUAGUCUGUGUUCGCCGUUUACAUAGGAAAGACCCGAAGAUUCUGAAUCGGAAUGCUUCCCGUUGGGAGGACAGAAAUCUCAUCAAAACUAAGGAGUUCUCAAAAGAAGGUAGAUCUGAGUCAUCCAAGACGAAGGUCAUCCAAGAUAAGUUACUUCCCAGCAUUUCGGACUACUUGAGCAAGCCAAUCAUGUAUGGGGCUAGAGAGAUCAUGGAGGCAACGAUGAAUCUUGAUGAGAAUUCUAGGAUUGAUGGCUCAAUGUUCCGCGGCACAAUUGACGGGAAAGUUUUCGCCGUGAAAACAGAAACUAAGGGCAAAAACACGGAGGAGCUAAAGAUUCUACAGAGAGUCAACCAUGCGAAUCUGAUAAAGUUAAUGGGUGUUUCGUCAGAUGCAAGCGGCAACUUAUUUAUGGUAUAUGAAUACGCUGAAAACGGUUCGCUCGAUAAGUGGCUGUACCAGAGGCCUUCGUCCUCUUCAGAGUCUGUCAACUUCCUCACUUGGAUUCAGAGAUUGGGCAUCGCACUUGAUGUCGCCAAUGGCCUCCAAUACCUGCAUGAGCAUACUCAACCGAGCAUCGUCCAUGGAGAUAUCAGAGCAAGCAACAUACUUCUGGACUCCAAUUUUAAGGCCAAAAUAUCAAACUUCUCCAAGGCCAGACCAGCUACAAGUGCGGCGAUGUUGAAGGUCGAUAUUUACGCUUUCGGGUUACAUUUGCUUGAGUUACUCUCAGGGAAGCGGGCCAUGGGUAUGAAAGAAGUAAUGGAGAUCUUGGAAGCGGAAGAGAAUAGAGAGGAGAGGUUGAUGGAAUGGAUGGAUCCAGAUUUGGAGAGCUUUUAUCCAAUUCAUGACGCGUUGAGCCUAGCAACCUUGGCCCAGGCGUGCACAGCAGAGGAAUCUUCUGUGAGGCCAAGCAUGGCGGAGAUUGCGUUUAAUCUCUGCGUGCUUGCUCAGUCGUCUUCGGUGGUGUUGGAAAGGUCUUGGACUACAAUAAUUGAAGCAGAUGAGAGAGUUCAAGUUAUCAUUCCGGCCAUUGCUCGCUGAAUCUUUGAGACGCAAGGUUCACGUAAACGUCUUCUCUUUUCAUCUUGUAAUAAAAGCCGAUAAGCACUAGUUUCUGUAAAUUUCACAACUCAUUGGAUUGGACUCGUGAUUUUCCUCUUUCUGAAUUCCCUUGUAAUUGUCUCUACUUGUAGAUUUAUCAAUGCAAGUAUAGUUGAAAC